ACUAGUAUCAGAGCCCUAAGGUUCUUGUGAAAAAUGGCAAGUGAGAUGAUUCCUUUUCAAGUUUCCCAACUCAACAAGGAUAACUACGACAAUUGGAGCAUAAGGAUGAAAGCGUUGCUCGGGUCCCAAGAUGCAUGGAAGAACGUAGAGAAAGGUUACACGGAGCCACAAGACGAGGUUGCUUUAUCCCAAGUACAAAGGGAUAGUUUGAAGGAUGCAAGGAAGAAGGACAAGAAGGCGCUUACCCUCAUCUAUCAAGCCUUAGAUGAAGGCAUGUUCGAGAAAGUAGCUUGUGCUACUACAAGUAAGGAAGCAUGGGGAUUUUGCAAAACUCCCACAAAGGAGUUGAGAAGGAAUGUAGAAAAGUUGAAUGACACUCGAGUAAUUGAGAAGAUACUUAGGUCUUUAGAUUCUAAAUUUGAUUACAUAGUUGUAGCUAUUGAGGAAUCUAAAGAUCUAGAUAGUAUGAGUGUUGAUCAACUCAUGGGAUCUUUACAAGCCCAUGAGGAAAGACUAAAGAAGAAGGUGAAAGAAAAGCCAUUAGAGCAAGCUCUUCAAACAAAGCUCACUUUGAACGAGGGUGAAGGAAGGUUCAGUACUAAUAGAAGCCAAAGAGGAAGAGGAUGA